AUGUCACAUUCAAUUAAUAAACAACGUUUCAUUUCGAUUGGUAUUAUAUUUGCUGUGAUCAUAUUAACUACGAUCUUUAGUUUGACUUAUCCUGUGAAAAAUUUUGACCCUGGUUUUAUUAGUCUUUAUUUUAAUCGUGAUAUACAGCAUAAUAAGACAAAAUUACCACGUAUAUGUUGUUUAAUAUUAACAACACCAAAAUAUUUUCUUACACGUGCGAAAGCUGUAAAUGAAACUUGGGCACCACGAUGUGAUCGUUAUUUUUUCAUAACAGAAUAUGAUCGAAAAACAAUGACACCUGAACAAAUUAAAUUUGCAGAACAAAUACCCAUUCCACCUAUUAAAAACAUAACAGCUGGUUAUCAUCAUCUAACACAAAAAUCAAAUUUAGCCUUUUUAUUUGCAUAUGAAAAUUAUUUGAAUGAUUUUGAAUGGUUUAUCAAAGCAGAUGAUGAUACAUAUUUGAUUGUAGAACAUUUGAAAACAUUUUUAAGUAAACAAAAUUCAUCAGAACCUAUUACAUUUGGAUAUACCUAUCAGAUUCACAUUCCUAUGGGAUACCAUUCAGGUGGAGCAUCUUAUGUAUUGAGUCGGGAAUCAUUACGACGAUUUUAUGAAGCAUAUAACGAUCCGGCAUCAAAUUGUACUAAAGAUGGUAGUUCUGAAGAUAUUGAAAUAGCAAAAUGUCUUCGUACAAAAGGUGUUUAUCCAGGCAAGGCACUGGAUAAAGAAAAUCGUGAAUUAUUUCAUCCACUUCCAUUUUCUCAUCAUUUUAUGGGUUUCUUCCCUAAUUGGCUUGUACAACGUGCUGAAAAUCCAUUACAAUCUCAUUACAAUUGUUGUAGUACUCAAACUAUAUCAUUUCAUUAUAUUACUCCUGAAGAACAAUAUCUUAUGGAUUUCCUACUAUAUAGAGCUCGUGUUUAA